AUGUGGGCUGGCUACUGCAUCCUUGGUCCAGUGUCGGUCAUACGAUUGCUGCAAUGGUCACUCUACCCCCUCUUCGGCCUCGAUGCUGCUGGAAGGACUUCUGUUUAUAACUUUAUUGUACCCCAACUGGUCAAUGAAGGCGUAUCGGCUUCGACCAUGGACGGCAUCCUGAUACUACUGUGGAUGCUACAGCUACUUUACGCCUCUCAUAUAGUCGUUAAAGAGAUCAAUCUUUCAGACUGGCAAAAAGAUGCUUUCUAUGAUGACUCUAUGUGGCUCGAGAACACUAUACAAUUCAAGUGUAUGUUUCUUGUGCCCAUGUUGCUGCUCUUCUUCCGUGGCUUUGCCAGCCCCGAUAUGGGAUUUACCUAUGCUCAGAACGAUCUCAUAGUCCUUACAUUAAUCUACCCUGCACUCCUGGUCCUAGUCUGGUGGUGUACUUACGCUUAUAUCUCACUGAGAUACGUAGAGUUCUACAGGUUUGCGUCGGCUGCCUUCCUGUCAUAUCUGGUAUCAGGAAUAAUCUGCGAGAUAGCACAAGUGUCGGCCGGCGGGGCUCGGCUCGUUGUUUGGGCCCACCUUAUACGUCAGCUUAUCAAACGAGCGUCUAUACCGUUGAUAACGGCUCCGCGCACUGGUGGGAAAUCGAAGAGAAAGAUCCAUGGAGUGGAGCGUGCCUGGAGUGUUCUCGUCCUGAGAGUCUUCCUCGGUCUACUGUGCCUAUUCUUGGCAGUCCGUCUUGGACUAGGAGUGCUUGCAUGUGUCCAAGACGAUAAAGGGCUAUACCCUCAUAUGCCGUUCAUCUCUGUUCAUCAGUCACUGGAUCAUACCCAAGUCACUGUUGACCAUGCUGUGAUGAGUUCUAACUUUGCCCGUGACGAUUCGCUCAGCGAAGGGCAUGAACAGCAUCUGGCUCGCUACGCUAUCUGUGAUCAAUAUUUCCAUGGGCUGCAUGUCACAGACUACGGCAUGAUGGCACUCGCGGCCUACUUUACUACUGUAGGAGAUCAACAAGCUGCGAUUGAUGCGUUUUUCCCUGGUCAAGGAAUGAACGUCAUCCCAAUCGACGAAGCGAUGACAGGUUCUGGGUAG